GAAAUUAAAAAUCUUUUUUUUUUUCCUCAAUCCAAAAAAAUAUCUCUAAAAGCUCAAGAACAAAACCCUAGAGAGAGAUACCGUGAGAGAUAAUUAAUUUUUCUUCGAAAUUGAGCUCUGAAAAUUUAGGAGCAAUGGCUAGACAAGAUACUACAUUAGUCCAAGAAUUGAUUUUGUAUGCAGCUAGUGCUGCCCUAAGUUGUUUAGUGCUUUUCGCGGGUUUAAGACAUCUUGACCCUAAUAAGGGUGCCACUAAGAAAGCCAUGGAACAGAAGAAAGAGAUCGCUAAACGGUUAGGAAGACCUUUAGUUAACACCAAUCCUUACGAGGAUGUAAUAGCUUGUGAUGUCAUCAAUCCUGACCAUAUUGAUGUGGAGUUUGAUUCUAUUGGAGGCCUGGACAAAGUUAAACAAGCAUUGCAUGAAUUGGUUAUCCUUCCGCUCCGAAGACCUGAAUUAUUUGCUGGCAAGCUCCUCAGUCCACAGAAAGGUGUAUUGUUAUAUGGCCCACCAGGAACAGGCAAGACUAUGCUUGCCAAGGCAAUAGCAAAGGAGUCUGGAGCAGUAUUUAUAAACGUCAGAGUCUCAAAUUUGAUGAGCAAGUGGUUCGGAGAUGCUCAAAAGCUUGUUGCUGCCGUGUUCACCUUAGCUCAUAAGCUUCAACCGGCUAUUAUCUUUAUUGAUGAGGUUGAUAGCUUUUUGGGGCAGCGCCGUUCAACUGACCACGAAGCUUUGACAAACAUGAAAACAGAGUUCAUGGCUCUCUGGGAUGGUUUUACCACAGACCAGAAUGCACGAGUGAUGGUCUUGGCUGCUACCAACCGACCAUCAGAACUGGAUGAGGCUAUACUACGGCGUCUUCCUCAAGCAUUUGAGAUUGGGUAUCCUGGUCGUGCUGAAAGAGUUCAGAUUUUGAAGGUGAUCUUGAAAGAUGAAAAGGUUGAAGAGGACAUUGAUUUUGAUCACAUAUCCAGCUUGUGUGGUGAGAGGUAUACGGGUUCUGAUCUGCUUGAACUUUGUAAGCAAGCAGCUUAUUUCCCUGUUAGAGACCUACUCAGUGAUGAGAAGAAUGGGAAGCGAUCAGAUACACCUAGGCCGUUGUCACAAGCAGAUCUCGAGAAGGUUCUUGCAACGUCAAGGAAGACGAGAGUAGCGGCAGGUGAAUACGGGCGGUCGUGGACCAGAGAACAGGACGAUGACUAUCAGGUCCAAGAUGCAAUCUCCGGUCUAUCUAAACUUGUUUUAUCUCAAAUUAUGAACCUUCGACCUGAACCCCAAGACCAUUAAAAGGAAUUCAGUUGUUGGUCAGUAUAGUCCGCAGGCUUGCUACAGUGAUUGAUCCAUGUCGAUAAGAAUCCUUGUUGAUAAAGUGCCGCUUAUUUAUGAUAACUUUGCAUCUUAAUGUUUUGAAGAAUUACGGAGUCUCUUAUUCUUUUUAGUUUCUCUAUGGUUGUUAGUAAUAGAAAGUUACUGUUCUGUAACUGACAAUUUAUAGUGAUGGUUGUAUACUACUAAGUCCUAACAAUCAAAGACCGGAUGGGACAUCUUUUUGUUCAUGAUGAAUUUUGUAUCUAUUUCUCUGGGCAAAUGUAAGUUGAAACUUUAAAUGAAAAAUCAUCACAGAUAAAUCCUGUGAAGAUUUUAGAUGAA